AUGUUGAAUGCUGGAGCAGCAUAUAUUAGUCAACAACCACGUGAUACUGAAAUUCAUAAUAGUUUUGCUUUAAUGGGAAAUGAACAUUUCAUACGUAGUUGGGCGAUGACAGAAGGAACUUGUGAUUGUUCGGGUUCAUAUUAUACGACUCUUACUGAUACAAGAUUAUUGUUCCGAUCUAUGGAUACAACAUGUUGUAGUAGUUGUUGUAAACCAGGUCAUGUAGAUGCUUCGAUUUUUUUACGUGAUAUUGCUGAAAUACGUGAAACAACAGAUCGUGAAGACUGCUGUUCUUUUUGUUGUGCAAAAUGUUGUCAAUGUUGUGGAUGUUGUAAACGUUGUUGUGGUGCAGACAGAUAUCUCGAAGUACGAGGUGUAUUUGGCUCGGAAAUUCUACAUGUAUCCAAAGCAGAUAUAUUAAAAUUACAAAGUGAAAUUCCAGCAGCUAUUGGUAAUCAUAAACUUGUUAGUCAGUAUUAA